GAGGAAGAGGAGGCUCAGGCUGAAAGCGACCUCGAGGAGUCCGAGGAGGAUCGCGACGAGGACGAGCCUGCGCCUAGUGAUGAGUCUGCUGAUUCGGAUGAAUCAGAGGAAGAGGAGGAGGACUCUGAUGAUGACCAGGAAGAGGAGGAGCCUGCUGAUGACCAGAAGGAACUGGAUUCCAGAUGCCUCUACGUCUCCCCUAUUCCACCUAAUUGCACGUUUGACAUGCUGAAAGGCCUCUCACCCAAAAUGACAUGCUGCCGUUUUGUCCUGAAGCCUCACUCAAACGCCAUUCGGAGCUACGCAUUUUGCGAAUACGCCGACGCCGAUACUGCUGCCAAGGAGAAGGUGAAUCUGUCUGGACGCCUCUUCUGCGGCAAGUCGGUGCGCGUGGAGCAGAAGUCCACCCGGCCUGAGGAGGAGGCCAGUGGCGUGGAUCAACUGGAUUUCACACGCCUAUUAGUCUCCGGUCUCCUGCCCUCUGUGACCGCCUCGGAUCUGCGUACUGUCUUCCCCUCUGCGUCUGACAUUUGUUUCCCAACCGCUCCUUCCACUGGGGCUAGCCUGGGCCGGCACGAAAAUGAGGAUGCCCGGUUCGAGUUAACGAGAAGCGAAUUAGCUAAGGGAUCCUGA